AUGGAGGAGGUGCGACCGGGCUCGCAUGUCGCAACGGCCUUCGACGACACCACAGCGCCCGCCUACGUGCACGAUCCUCUGCGCCUCAAAGAGAAACUUACCAGCGACUUCUCCGGGCUCAACAAGGGAGUGCGCCAAUACUACGAGCAGCAGAACGAGUUCAUCGGCAUGUGUCUCGACAGCAUGAACCACAGCGAGGAGGCGCGGCAGCGCCGUGCUGCUAAAGCCAAGCGCGAGACGCUCUUGGUUAAGAUCGCCAGCUACGGGUCGCUGGCAGCCAACAUCGUGCUGUUCUGCCUGCAGCUCUACACGGCCUUGUCGUCAAAGUCCCUGUCGCUGUUUGCCACCAUGGCGGACUCGUUCAUGGACCUGCUAAGCAGCGGCACAUUGGUCUACGCCGGCUGGGUGGCGCGCAGCAGGGCUGACAAGAGCUACAAGUACCCGGCUGGCAAGCGCCGCAUUCUGGGCGUCGGCAUCGUGAUCUUUGCUACGCUGAUGGUGGGGCUAUCCAUCGAGCUCCUUAUCGAGAGCCGCGACAGCGAUGUGACUGCUGGCAAUAUUGCGUGCAUUGCAGUGGCCCUGGGCGUCAAGCUCGGCAUGCUGGCCUACUGCUGGACUCUAAGGCACCACCCGGAAGCCCGCAUUUUCGCCACCGACCACCUCAAUGACCUCAUCCUGAACUCAUUCGGCCUGGCCAUGGCCCUGCUGGGCACACACGUUGUCUGGUACAUUGAUCCACUGGGCGGCCUGCUGGUUGGCCUGUUCAUCAUGUACUCGUGGGCAUCCGAGGCAAUCGACCAGGCAAAGCUACUGAUUGGAGCGACGGCCGAGCCGCAGUUCCUAAAUCAGCUCACGUACAUGGCAAUGACGCACGAUCCCCGGAUCCAGUUUGUUGACACGGUGCGUGCGUACCACGUCGGCGAGGAAAAGUACGUCGAGAUUGACAUUGUCAUGGACGAGACGACGCCGCUGUGGGAAAGCCAUGAUGUGGGAGAGGCCCUGCAGAUUCUAGUCGAGAAGCUCGACGGCGUGCAGCGCGCCCACGUUCACAUUGACUUUGAUUUCCAGCACCCGCCCGAGCACCAUCUGAAGACGCAGUGA